AUGGUGAAUUUAAUGGAAAAGUUUUUUUUUCCCGGAAAAAUCCUGGAAAAAAACCCAAUGGGUUUUUUUUUCCAAGCAUACCUGAAAAAACCCAAAUGGUUUUUUGGUACCUAUUUUCCCUGAAAAAACCCCUUAUUUUUAAAAAUGAUAUAUCAAAAGUUAUCGAUAAUAAAUAAAGAGAUAUCUGCAGAAAUCUAUAAAUAA